GGAACGGGACAGAAUGUGGACCCCGACAGAGGACGAGAAGAUUGGAGUGGUGAUCUGUAACUUCCGCGGCUCGGUGAAUCAGGGCCUGGCUCUGGAGGUGGGAGAGACUGUUCAGAUCCUGGAGAAGUGUGAAGGGUGGUACAGAGGAUUCUCCACCAGGAAGCCAAAUGUCAAGGGUGUAUUUCCCGCGAGUUACAUCCACUUGAAGAAAGCAGUUGUCACAAACAGAGGUCCCCAUGAGACGGUGGUCCCCCUGCAGGACCCCAUAGUGACGGAGGUGACGUCUACUCUGCAGGAAUGGGCCGUUCUAUGGAAGCAGCUCUAUGUGAAACACAAGGUGGACCUGUUCUACAAAGUGCGCCAUGUGAUGCUGGAGCUGCUGGACCUGAGGAGGCAGCUGCUGUCGGGGCAUCUGACACAAGAUCAGAGCCGAGAGGUCAAGAGGCACAUCACCGUCAGGCUGGACUGGGGCAACGAACACUUGGGUUUGGACCUGGUGCCCAGGAAGGAGUUCGAGAUGGUGGAUGAGGACCACAUUAGUGUCUCAGAUCUCUAUAAAAUGCACCUGUCCAGCAGACACAGCGUACAGCAGAGCACCACACAGAGUGAUAAUUCGCGGCAGAGACAUGGAGAGCCGUGUAGAAUCCCUGUACCACACCACCUACUAGUCAACCUGAAGAGCUUCACCUACAACAGCAUCGGAGAAGACACAGACAUCUUCUUCUGUCUGUACGACUGCAGAGAGGCCAAGACCAUCAGUGAGAAGUUUAUGGUGAGACUCAACAAAAAUGGAGGUCCAAAGAACCCAGAGAAAGUGGAUCGGCUGUGUGCCCUCUUUACGGAUCUGAGCAACAAAGACAUGAAGAGGGACCUGUACAUUGUAGCACAGGUGAUACGCACAGGUCGAAUGUUGCUGAACGACAGUAAGAAGGGCCCUCCUCACGUGCAGUACCGUCGGCCAUAUGGGUGUGCAGUCCUGGCUAUGAGUGAUGUGCUGCAGACCAUCUCCGAGCUCAAAGAAGAGAAGGACUUUGUACUCAAAGUCUACACGUGUAACAAUGAGAAUGAAUGGUACCAGAUCCACGAAAACAUCAUCAGAAAGUCCAGUACAAAAUACACCACUCCUAGCAACAACUACGGCCUGAUCAUUUCACUGCAGUUGUUGCGUGGGGACAUAGACCAGGUGAGAAGAGAAAACCCUCUGGUGUUUAGCAGAGGAGUCGCUGUGACCCGCAAACUGGGCUUCCCCGAUGUCAUCAUGCCUGGUGACAUCCGAAAUGACCUGUAUCUGACCCUGGAGCGAGGAGACUUUGAGCGAGGAGGAAAGAGUGUCCAGAAGAACAUCGAAGUCACUGUCUAUGUGCUGUAUGCAGACGGAGAGAUCCUCAAGGACUGCAUCAGCCUGGGGUCUGGAGAGCCCAACAUCCCAGAACACCGCUCGUUUGUCCUGUACCACAACAACAGUCCACGCUGGAAUGAAGUAAUCAAACUGCCCAUCCCCAUAGACCGCUUCAGAGGCUCCCACCUGCGCUUUGAGUUCAGGCACUGCUCCACUAAAGACAAAGGAGAGAAGAAGCUGUUUGGGUUCUCUUUUACUCCUCUGAUGAGAGAAGAUGGGACGACGCUGUCAGACGAGAACCAUGAACUUUAUGUUUACAAGUGUGAUGAGAACACAACGUUCAGUAACCACGCCCUGUACCUGGGCCUGCCCUGCUGCAAAGAGGACUUUAACAGCUGCCCCAACAUCCCCUCCAGCCUCAUCUUCCAACGCAACACCAAGGAGAGCUUCUGGAUCUCCACCCAGCUCUCCUCCACCAAGCUCACCCAGAAUGUGGACUUAUUGGCUCUUCUCAAGUGGAAAGCCCAUCCAGACCGGGUCAUGGACAUCUUGGGACGCUUACGACAUGUCAGCGGAGAGGAGAUAGUCAAGUUUCUUCAAGAUAUUUUGGACACUUUGUUCUCCAUUCUUGAUGACAACACAGACAAAUAUGGACCUCUGGUGUUCCAGUCACUGGUCUUCAUCAUAAACCUGCUCAGGGACAGUAAGUACUACCACUUCAAGCCUGUGAUGGACACAUACAUCCAGAAGCACUUUGCUGGAGCGCUGGCCUACAAGGAGCUGAUUCGCUGUCUAAAGUGGUACAUGGACCGCUCUGCAGAAGUGGUUAGACAAGAUCAUAUACAGGAAGCUAUGAGGGCUCUGGAAUACCUGUUUAAGUUCAUCGUGCAGUCUCGGCUGCUCUACGCAAGAGCCACCUGUGGGAUGGAGGAGGACCUGUUCAGGACCAGUAUCCAGGAGCUGUUCCAGUCCAUCCGCUUUGUGCUCAGUCUGGACAGCCGCAACUCUGAGACCCUCAUCUUCACACAGGCUGCUCUGCUCAACUCGUUCCCGGCCAUCUUUGAUGAGCUCCUGCAGAUGUUCUCGGUGCAGGAGGUGGCAGAGUUUGUGCGUGGGACACUGGGGAGCAUGCCCUCUACAGUGCACAUAGGACAGUCCAUGGACGUGGUCAAACUGCAGUCCAUUGCCCGCACUGUGGAUAGCAAGCUCUUCUCUUUCCCAGAGUCGCGGAGGAUUCUUCUGCCUGUGGUCCUGCAUCACAUUCACCUUCACCUUCGACAGCAGAAGGAGCUUCUCAUCUGCUCAGGGAUUCUCAGCUCCAUCUUCUCCAUCAUCAACAACUGUGCCAGGGAGACCUCCGUGCAGGAGGAGGUGGAGAUGAUGGUGGAGUCCUUAUUGGACGUCCUCCUGCAAACGCUGCUGUCAAUCAUGAGCAAGAGCCAAUCGCAGGAGGCGGUAAGGGGUCAACGCUGUCCGCAGUGCACCGCGGAGAUCACUGGAGAGUACGUGUCCUGCCUCCUGUCCCUCCUUCGACAGAUGACGGACAUCCACUUCCAACACAUGAUGGAGAACUUCCAGAGCAAAGACGAGCUUAAGGAGUUUCUGCUGAAGAUUCUGUGUGUGUUCAGAAAUCUGAUGAAGCUGAGUAUUUUCCCUCGGGACUGGAACGUUAUGAGGCUCCUCACCAGCCACAUCAUCUUGACAACAACGCAAUAUCUCUCUCCAGCUCUUCACAAGAACUUUACAGAUGCUGAGUUUGAUUUUAAGGUGUGGAACUCCUAUUUCAGUCUGGCUGUGCUCUACAUCAACCAACCCAGCCUUCAACUGGAGAACCUCAGCCCUACCAAGAAGAAGAAAAUAUUAGACAAAUAUGGAGACAUGAGAGUGAUGAUGACCUACGACCUAUUCAACAUGUGGCAGAACCUGGGUGAAAACAAAAUCCACUUCAUACCUGGUAUGAUUGGACCGUUCCUGGGGGUGACUCUGGUUCCUCAGGUAGAGGUGAGGAACAUCAUGAUUCCCAUCUUCCACGACAUGAUGGACUGGGAACAGCGCAAGAACGGGAACUUCAAACAGGUGGAGGCGGAGCUUAUCGACAAACUGGACAGCCUGGUGUCUGAGGGCAAAGGAGAUGAGAACUACAGGGAGCUCUUCAGUCUGCUAACCCAGCUCUUUGGGCCAUAUCCGAGUUUGUUGGAGAAGAUCGAACAGGAGACUUGGAGAGAAACAGGAAUCUCAUUUGUGACUUCUGUGACGAGGUUAAUGGAGAGACUGCUAGAUUACAGGGACUGCAUGAAGGGAGAUGAGACAGAGAACAAGAAGAUUGGUUGCACUGUGAAUCUGCUGAAUUUCUACAAAUCUGAGAUCAACAAAGAGGAGAUGUAUAUCCGCUACAUCCAUAAGCUGUGUGACAUGCACCUGCAGGCGGAGAACUACACAGAGGCUGCAUUCACCCUGCUCCUGUACUGGGAGCUUCUUCACUGGGAUGAGCGGCCCCUCAGAGAGUUCUUGCACUACCCCGCCCAGAGCGAGUGGCACCGCAAAGAAGGGCUCUGCCGCAAGGUCAUCCACUACUUCAACAAGGGAAAGUGCUGGGAGUUUGGCAUCCCUCUGUGCAGAGAAUUGGCCUUCCAGUAUGAAUCUCUCUACGACUACCAGAGCCUCAGCUGGAUACGGAAAAUGGAGGCAGCUUAUUACGACAACAUCAUGGAGCAGCAGCGUCUGGAGCCUGAGUUUUUCCGAGUGGGAUUCUAUGGCAGAAAAUUCCCCUUCUUUUUACGGAACAAGGAGUUUGUGUGCCGUGGCCAUGACUAUGAGAGACUGGAGGCGUUCCAGCAGAGGAUGCUGGGAGAGUUUCCACAGGCCAUAGCCAUGCAGCACCCAAACCAGCCAGACGAGGGCAUCCUACAGUGUGACGCUCAGUACCUGCAGAUCUAUGCAGUGACCCCGGUCCCAGAGAGUGUGAGUGUCCUGCAGAUGGACCGUGUGCCCGACCGCAUCAAGAGCUUCUACAGAGUCAACAACGUGAGACGGUUCCGCUAUGACCGCCCCUUUCACAAAGCCCCCAAGGACAAGGACAACGAGUUCAAGAGUCUAUGGAUAGAGAGAACAACCUUAAUUCUUACUCAUCCUCUGCCGGGGAUCUCUCGCUGGUUUGAGGUGGAGAAGAGAGAACUGGUGGAGGUGAGCCCUCUGGAGAACGCAGUCAGUGUGGUGGAGAAUAAGAACCAGGAGCUGCGUACUCUGAUCAGUCAGUACCAGCACAAGCAGCUACAGGGCAACAUCAACCUUCUCAGUAUGACCCUGAACGGGGUCAUUGAUGCCGCCGUCAACGGGGGCAUUGCACGCUACCAGGAGGCUUUCUUUGACAAAGAAUACAUCACCAGUCACCCUGAAGACACGGACAAGAUCACACAGCUCAAAGACCUCAUGCAGGAGCAGGUGCACAUCCUGGGAGUUGGUUUAGCAGUCCACGAGAAGCUGGUGCACCCUGAAAUGCGUCCCCUGCACAAAAAACUCAUCGAUCAGUUCCAGAUGAUGAGGACCAGUCUGUGCCAUGGCCUCCCUGGUUUGGAUAAACUGGGUAACACUCACAGAGGGAUCCUGACCGCACACAGCCCCAUGAGCCCAGAGAGCUUCAAACUCGUGCACCGACACAGCCCCAUAGCCGUUCUGACCCCGGUGCGCUCCUCGUCCUCUCUCUCUUCUCAAACCUCCAGUGAGACGGGGAACAUGGGAAACCUCCUGAUCCUGGCUGAUGGCAUGGUGGUAGAACAUCCAGAAGACUUCUACAGAAUGCAGGCAAGCCCCUCCUCCUCCAGCCUGAGCUCCACCCACUCUGCGCCUCCUCAGAUGAUACACUCCGCCCCUUCCACCAUCAGAAUUGGUUCUCCAUCUCUCCCAGAUAAAUACAGACACAACAGGGAGAUGCUGAUGCUGCUGCCUCCGACCAGAGACCGCCCCAGCAGUGCCAUGUACCCCAACAUCAUGGAGAACGGGCAGCCCACCAACCUUCAGAGAGCGUUAUUCCACCAGGUGAUCGGACCGUGCAAACCGUGCAGUGACCCCAACCUCUCUGUGGCAGACAAAGUACUAACAGCCCCCAGCAGCUGGAGUUUGGACAGUGGCAGCAGAGACCCCCUCCCCUUCCUGUCCGCUCAUGUGGGCAGUGUCAUGGCUCCACCCGUCCCACCGCGCAACCUGCCCCAUGGCCAACACCUGUCGAUGCACUUUGACGCUUUCCACCACCAUCACCAGAGCAGCGAGCUCCCUCCAGCUCUCCCCGCGCGCUCCUUAAGAAAGUCACCCCUGCACCCUAUACCUGCCUCGCCCACCAGUCCACAGUCCGUCCUGGAUGGCAGUAGCUCCACCUUAUCGGGCAGUGCCAGCUCCGGUGUGUCCUCUUUGAGCGAGAGCAACUUCGGGGGCACCUCCUCCGACCCCUCCGCGGGCCGCACCGAUACCCUGGACUCCGCCCCCAGCAGCCAAGCUUGGACGACCGACCAAGAAGACUUGGACUCCCCCUACCAACCCGUCCGGUAUAGCGUCUCUGAACCUGUGGUAUUGGAUGGUGAUAAACAGCAGCCUUGUCGUAGCCUCUCUGCCCCAGGAACGGUGACCCCUCUCCAGCCCGGAAUUCAAAUCAUCCCCCCUGGUGUGGUGGCUCCAGACAUCCUCCACCCUCCUCAACAUCAUAUUUACUACCAGCAGCACUUCCCGCACUACAUCCCCCAUAAUCCUCCGCUGUACAGUCUCCAUGAGCCCCCCGCACUCCCGCCCAAACCUUAUGUCAGGGAGGGAUGUAUACCGGAAGAGGAGGGGCUAAGUACGCAGUCUCCACCCCCUCCCGCGCCCCGCCCAAUGCCACGCAAGAUCUCGCAGCCAAUCAUUGCGGCGACGAAGGAGGAGCAAGCUAAAGUGGCCUGGGAGCACGGUGUGAGACAUGAGUAGAGUGAUAAUACAUACAGUGUAAUAUACAGAGUGACCAGAAGGGGGCAUAAGGGGGUCCGGUAGAGUUGGGUCGGUAAGGGAACGUUUGGGGAUUUAAAAGGCCGCAAAUGACA